UUAACCAGCCCCGGAGGCUGGGAAAGCAAGGACAGGAAGCCAUCUGAAUCUCAAGCUACGAAGAGUGACCUGUCGGAAGACUGCCUGGCCACGCUUUCCUCAGCCCCCAGAACGAGAGAGUCUCCUGACGGAGAACAGACUCAGAAGGAGGUAGUAUUCCCAGCAAGGAGAGGAGAGAGAAGAGAGAGGAGCGAGCAAGCACCGCGGGGCUGCCUGUUCUGCCUCUGAAUAAGACUGGCCACCAUGAACUCAGGUGAAUUCCGAAGGAGAGGGAAGGAGAUGGUGGAUUUCGUGGCUGACUACUUGGAAGGCAUUGAGGGGCGCCAGGUCUACCCCGACGUGGAGCCCGGCUACUUGCGGCCCCUGAUCCCCACCUCUGCCCCCGAGGAGCCCGACACAUUUGAGGACAUCCUCAAUGAUGUUGAGAAGAUAAUCAUGCCGGGGGUGACCCACUGGCACAGCCCCUACUUCUUCGCCUACUUCCCCACGGCCAACUCGUACCCAGCCCUGCUUGCCGACAUACUGUGUGGGGCCAUCGGCUGCAUCGGCUUCUCUUGGGCCGCAAGUCCGGCGUGCACAGAGCUGGAGACGGUGAUGAUGGACUGGCUGGGGAAGAUGCUGAAGCUGCCAGAGGCAUUUUUGGCCGGACAAGUGGGAGAAGGGGGUGGAGUGAUCCAGGGAAGCGCCAGUGAGGCCACGCUGAUGGCCUUGCUGGCCGCUCGGACCAAGGUGGUGCGCCGUCUCCAGGCCGCCUCCCCGGGGCUGACGCAGGGCGCCAUCAUGGAGAAGCUAGUGGCCUACUCAUCGGAUCAGGCGCACUCGUCGGUGGAAAGAGCCGGAUUAAUUGGAGGCGUGAAACUAAAAGUGAUCCCUUCGGAUGGCAAGUUUGCCAUGCGCGCUUCUGCCCUGCAGGAGGUCCUGGAGAGAGACAAGGCCGAGGGCCUGAUCCCUUUCUUUCUGGUGGCUACGUUGGGGACCACAUCCUGCUGCUCAUUUGACAAUCUCCUAGAAGUGGGUCCUAUCUGUAAUGAGGAGAACAUGUGGCUGCACAUCGAUGCUGCCUACGCGGGCAGCUCCUUCAUCUGCCCUGAGUUCCGGCAUCUUCUGAAUGGAGUAGAGUUUGCAGAUUCGUUUAACUUCAAUCCUCACAAAUGGCUGUUGGUGAAUUUCGACUGCUCUGCAAUGUGGGUGAAGAAGAGGACAGACCUGAUAGGGGCCUUUAAGCUGGACCCCCUCUACCUGAAGCACAGCCAUCAGGACUCAGGGCUUAUCACCGACUAUAGGCACUGGCAGUUGCCUCUGGGCCGGAGGUUUCGCUCUCUGAAGAUGUGGUUUGUUUUUAGGAUGUACGGAGUCAAGGGACUGCAGACCUAUAUCCGCAAGCACGUCCGGCUGGCUCGCGAGUUUGAGUGUUUGGUGCGCCAGGAUCCCCGCUUUGAAAUCUGUGCAGAAGUCACUCUGGGGCUGGUCUGUUUUCGGCUAAAGGGGUCCAACAAACUGAACGAGGACCUUCUGGAAAGGAUCAACAGUGCCAAGAAAAUCCACCUGGUCCCCUGUCACCUCAGAGACAAGUUCGUGCUGCGAUUUGCCAUCUGCUCCCGCUCUGUGGAGCUCACCCACGUGCAGCAGAGCUGGGAGCACAUCAGACAGCUGACCACCGACCUGCUGAGAGCCCAGAGGGACUAGAAGCCUGAGCCGCAGGGAAGGUGCUGCCGAGAUCAGAAGUUGAAAAGAAGUCUAUCUGAACACUGGAAAGAGGAGGCAAUAGACAUUAUUCAGGCUCUGAGGACCCAAGCCUGCAUGUGACCUCACCCUUCUUUCUGUGAAGUUCUCCAGAAGCUUGUGAUUCUAUCUGUUCACUCUCUUACCAAUGAAAAAACGUGACUCACUACAAUCCCGGUGCAUGUAGCUUUUAUUCAUUAUUCAACUGUGACUUUUGUUGAUUAAGAAAUCACAGGUUUUCACACUCUUGAAGUCGUCAGUGGUGGGAGAUAUUUUACUGAGAUAUUUUCUUAAGUGUAUUAUGGGAUCUAGGAUCGUGGGACUUGAGAUUAUACCCGUGGUCUUUAAAUUGUUCUGUCAUGUGGCUCAAUGCUUAAUAAACUAUUUGCAGUG